AUGGAUUUAUUGUGCAAUGUGUUCAUUAAAGAAUGUUAUGUGUUUUUGAUUGCAGCUGUAAUUAUAGAGGUUUAUAAGGCAACAGUGACAAAAAUGGUGUACCGAGGGCUUCUGCAAACAGACGAUCCGAGAGACGCGCCUAAAUUGGUCCGAAUAACUCCUUUGCGUUCAAGCCGACAUGAUGCAUCAAAAACAUCAACGCGCACGCAAUAUUCAUCAGCAAUUAAUCAUAAUAGCUGUAAAAAAAGUGAUGGAUCACGCGGAGUGUCUGCUGUUAAGAUGGACGCCAAGAUAUCGGCUCCUAAAUUGAGGAAUAUCAGUGAAAUACGUGAAAGUGUUACGAGUAAAAUAGUAUCUGCGCAAAGUAUUAAUAAUAUUAACAAUAAAAAGGUUAAUGUUAAUAGUAAUAACAAUAAAAAUUUAUCGCAAUCCAGCAGACUGUCCCAGAGCUCAAUGCUGGCUAAUCUGAAGGACCUCGAGCGUCUUCGCAGCUUGUCAUUGAAUGAAAGUACUAUUAAUCAGAGUGAGGUGAGCAAGACCACGCGAUUGCUAGCACAAAAAAUAUUAGAAGCAAGCCGUCUUGACUCUUCUACUACUAUUAAUCGCACAGCCCGUAAUAACACGAUACUAGGGAAGAAUAAUUGUAAGAUCGAGAAAAUAAUAGCUCAGGCACCAGCUGGUUUACUGACACCCCAGUCAUCCGAGGAGCUGGAGAAAGAAAGAGAAAUAAGAACAAAUUAUACAGUGGUGCCAAUCCAACAAUUUCAACAUCAGCAUCACAAUCUUACUAACAGUUUUAGUCUCAAUCAGAAUCAAUGUCAAGAUCACUUGCAGGAGCUGGAUCAAGAUCAACCUAAAGCACCGGUAAGAAGACGUCGGGAACAACGACAAGCAUCUAUCGAUCGCAAAGAAUAUCGUACAAGUGUACAUACUGCAAGACCGGAUAUAUUAGAUGGUUUAAUAAAAGAGUCUGAUCGGCAACUCGAGCUAUUGAAAACCGAUCUUCGUACUGAGAGUUCGACGACACUUAAUAAAUCCAUCCAAAAAAAAGGAAUUUCAAUGACUCAAUACUCAGUUAUUCCGUCUCAUAAUCAUUUAAGUCCUACCGUUUAA